UGUAAGUCUGUCUUUAUUACCCCCACAGCAACUUGUGACCCAGAGUGCUCGGAACACGGGACCUGUACAGGAGCAAACUACUGCACCUGUGCCAAUGGGUGGAGGGGUCCAACUUGUGCAGACAGGUGUCCUCCAGGCUACAUGGGUGCAAACUGCGUGGCCACCUGUCCGGCAGGUAAACAUGGACAGGACUGUCUGGAGGAUUGCAGGUGUGAACACGGAGCCACCUGCCGAGGCACAGACGGGUUCUGUAACUGUACUGCAGGUUGGAGAGGUGAACACUGUAACGUGCCCUGUCCAGGUGGCACAGCCGGACUAGACUGUGAGCUACAGUGUAACUGUGCAGAACACGGAACCUGCAACCCCUUUACUGGGGACUGCCUGUGCGAUGCAGGUUACCAUGGUAACCAGUGUGAGUCGGAGUGCUCUGAAGGUCGUUACGGCCCCGGAUGCCUGUUCAGCUGCCACUGUCCCGGGAACAACUCUGUCUGCCGGCCUAGAGACGGGAAGUGUAUGUGUGACCCUGGCUGGACCGGAGACAGCUGCACAGUCUCCUGUCCAUUUGGUUACUAUGGCGACGGGUGUUCCCAGAAGUGUGCCUGUCACCAUGGCAACAGCUGUGAUCAUGUGACCGGGAGAUGCCACUGCCCCAUGGGGUACACAGGAGAGAGGUGUGAAAAUGAAAUUGCCACAGUUCUGACGGCUGCCAGCACGGCUGAUUCCGUCUCCCAUGGCAAUGUGCUGGUGUUCUACAUCGUCGUCGCCGUGGCGAUGGGAGUUCUGCUGAUCGUCCUGGUCCUGUCAUUGGCCGUGUGCAGGAGGAGGCGGAAGGCCUGCUUCCAUAAAAGGGAGACCAGCCGACACCCCAUGGAGCUUGAGACAUUGAUGGUUGCGGCGCCGGUGGCUGAAUGUGCGGCUGUGAAUGAGGAGAACAGGAAAAACAGCUUCACCCAGAGACAGUGCAUGGUCGUGGUGAAAUCAGGUGCUCCCCGAAAGUACACGAAGCUACCCGACCAGCCGGCAGCUGUAUCAGGUGCUUCAGGUGUUCCAGGUGCUCCACCUGAUAUGGCAGGUGCUGUAGGUGGGCAGGUGACCUUUGCAGAGGUGGCAGCUGCAGCCAAAGGUACAAGUUCUACACAACAACAGAACGUUACGCCAGCAAACCUGUAUGAGGAUGUGGAGAUACCCCCUACAUGUACCCAAUCGACCGUCACAGUAAAGAAACAACCGUCCUUCUGGCAAAAACUGUCCCGAAAAAGCACCAAAAAUGACAAAGAAGAGAAGAAAAGAGACUCCAACAAACAAGUACAAGAUGACGACACCAUCUAUGAAGAAAUCGCACGCGUGCGGAAGGAAGCAGCGAAGAAGGAGAAGAAGAAGAAAAGGAAGGCGCAAAGCUCAGAACCUGCGUUGCCAACAGCAACUCCGCUCCCUACAACACCGGAUAAGAACUUCUACAUGCCUCUGGUCCAUCCGCAAACACCGCUGCCUCGCGUGACAAGCAUCGUAUCGGAAGGAGACAGAACAUCGCACAUCUACGCGUACGUGGACUACAGCAAGGCAACAACGCCAGCCACCUGCGCAGGGGACGAACCGCCUGUACCGGCGUCACCUGGACGGUAUGACUACAUUGGCAAUGCGGCCACACCCUCUAGGGAUAGAAUGACAGGUACGUCCACCGACGGUGCUGUAAGUGUGGAAGGAAUAGACAACAUACAACCAUCGUACAAGAACGUGCCCAAACCCGAAGACAACAAUGACAGUGUGUUCGCAGCCGAGAACGAUUAUGUUAACGACGUUAACGAGGUUCUAACGCCGUACGAAGAGAUGAAAAGCGUUGCUACCGGCAAUGCCAACGGAGACACCGAAACGGGGUACGAAACACCACGACCUUUGAGCAAAAGGUCAAGCAGUAAGACUCAGUACGAAGACAUGACAGGGUCCACUCCAAUCCUGGAUAAGAUCUUGAAAGAAGGGAAGGAAGGAAGGAAAGAGAGCAAAGACGGAGGGAUAUCGUAUGAGAAGAUGGGAGGGGGAAGCCAGUCACUUCCAGACAUUCUUCUGUAGAAAAAAAGUGACACCCUGUCCACCCCUCCUGAACAAGUGAACUUGUCCUACUUUCAACUCCACUGCCAUGUAGGUAUAGAAGAAACCAUUGCUACUGAGGGGUGUACCUAGAUGUGUUCCCUCCUGGAGUGAGUGUGUGGGUGAGUGAGUGAGUGAGUGAGUGAGUGAGUGAGUGAGUGAGUGAGUGAGUGAGUGAGUGAGUGAGUGAGUGA